AUGGCAAGCGAAACCUCUUCAACGAAGCGACGGAUCUACCUCAAUGGAUUUGAUAUGUUCACCGUUGGUCAUCUGUCGUUCGGUCAAUGGAAGAAUCCGUCAGACCGAUCUGCGACAAAACGCCGCGAUCUCUCGUACUGGACGGAUUUAGCGAAAAUACUCGAAGAGGGAGACUUUAACGCAUUGUUCCUGGCCGAUACCUAUGGCCUGUAUGAUACGUACAAAGGGAGCGCGGAGCCUGCCAUUCGCAAUGCAGCUCAAUACCCGAUGGGUGACCCCUCAAUUCCAAUUUCCGCUAUGGCAUCGGUCACUAAGAAUCUCGCGUUUGCAAUCACGACUUCUACCUCAUAUGAAGCUCCAUACAUUGUCGCGAAGAGAUUUUCCACAUUAGAUCAUCUCACUGGCGGUCGUUUCGGCUGGAAUAUUGUCACGUCAUGGAAGGCGUCUGCUUCAAAAGCGCUGGGUUUACCUCUGAUUGAUCAUGACAAGCGAUAUGAGAUUGCUGACGAGUAUUUGACCGUAUUGUACAAACUAUGGGAAGGCAGUUGGGCAGACGAUGCACUCAAAGGAGACGCCAAAUCAGGGUUAUAUACUGAUCCUAAUCGAAUCAAAUAUGUACACCAUCAUGGCGAAAACUUCAAUGUGGACGGCCCACAUAUACUUGAUCCAUCGCCUCAACGUACUCCAUUCCUUUUUCAAGCGGGAACUUCUCCUGCAGGUAUAGCAUUUGGCGCAAAACAUGCAGAAGGGAUAUUUGUGUCUGCCCCAUCACCGCAUAUUCUUGCUCCAAGGAUCAAAGCUAUUCGCGAUGAAGCAGCCAAAGCAGGACGUGACCCACGUUCAGUGAAGGUUUUCGCCAUUUUAACUCCAAUUGUUGCCCAAACAGAUGAGAAGGCCCAGGCUAAGUAUCGCCUAGCACUGGAAAAUGCCAGUGAAGAGGCAGGUUUGGCCUUCUUUUCUGGGGGCAGCGGCAUUGAUCUUAGUCGAAUUGAUCUCGACACUCCUAUAAAGCCAUCUGAUGUCCAUGUUGAUGCUAGAGUUCAUUCGACGAUCAACACCCUUUCCUAUCAUAGCCCAGAAGUUUCAGAAUGGACUCCGAGAAACAUUGGAAAGCAUAUUUCGAUUGGUGGUGCUGGUCCAGUUCCGGUUGGAAGUGCAACAACAGUUGCCGACUUCCUCGAGGAGUGGGUUCGAGUAGCAGAUAUUGAUGGGUUCAACAUUGGUUAUGUAGAGACACCAGGAACAUUUGAAGAUGUUGUCGAGUUUCUCAUUCCUGAGUUAAGGCGAAGAGGAAUCUAUGCUCCAAAGAAUGAAAGUGGAACUAUGCGUGAGAGAGUUUAUGGAAAGGGACAAAAAGGAUUACGAGACGAUCAUCCUGGCAAAAAAUAUGCUUAUGAUGUCUAUGAUGGAAAGUAG